UGCGGAAGUCUCGCGAUGACAGCUUAGAUAAUCGUGAGAAAGAAAAGAUUUGCAAAUGGAGGUAGCUGAAAUGGUUGUCGUUUAAACGUCAAAAAGGUAUCCAACGUGCAGCUGGCCAUGUCUGAAUCCUUGUAUGAGAAGUUUUUGGCCCCAGAGGAGCCGUUCCCUCUCCUCUCCCAAAGAGCCAACCUCAGUGACGUGGGAACGCUGGACGUCAGUGACUUCAGCUGUCGACUCUCAUCCUGUCACAGGACAGAUCCCUUACACCGUUUCCACAGUAACAGGUGGAACCUGACAUCAUGCGGGACCAGUGUUGCCAGCUCCGAGUGCAGUGAGGAGCUCUUCUCCUCCGUGUCUGUCGGGGAUCAGGACGACUGUUACUCUCUCCUGGAUGACCAAGAAUUAACAUCUCUGGAUCUGUUUCCUGAGGGCAGUGUUUGCAGCGAUGUCUCCUCCUCCAUCAGCACAUACUGGGACUGGUCUGACAGCGAGUUUGAAUGGCAGUUGCCAGGAAGUGACAUUGCCAGCGGCAGCGAUGUCCUCUCUGACAUCAUCCCAAGUGUGCCAAGUUCACCUUGUUUGUUUUCCAAGAGGAAGCCAAAGGCACACCCCCACCGCAACCUGGAUGAGCUGCCAUGGAGCGCCAUGACUAAUGAUGAACAAGUGGAGUAUAUCGAGUACCUGAGUCGGAAAGUCAGCACAGAGAUGGGCCUGAGAGAGCAGCUGGACAUCAUCAAGAUAAUUGACCCUUGUGCUCAGAUCUCUCCCACUGACAGUGAGUUCAUCAUUGAGCUCAACUGUCUCACUGAUGAGAAGCUGAAACAGGUGCGUAACUACAUCCGAGAGCACAGUCCCAGGCAGCGAGCCAGUAGCACCAGAGAGGGCUGGAAAAGGAGCAGCCACAGCAGCGCCAGUACGGGCGGCGUGAGUGGAGUCAGCAGCAGCAACGCCAGCAUGGUGAGCUCUGCUAGCUCCUCCACCGGCUCCACGGCCUCCAACUCUGUAGCAGGUGGCACAGCCUCAGCCUGCAGUGGCAGCAGUGUUGCCAACAUUAGCAGAGCUCACAGCGAUGGCAACCUUUCUAGCGCAGCAGAACGGAUACGAGACUCUAAAAAACGUUCAAAGCAGCGUAAGCUCCAGCAGAAAGCUCUGCGCAAGCGGCAGCUGAAGGAGCAGCGGCAGGCUCGCAAGGAACGCCUGAGUGGACUGUUUCUGAACGAGGAGGUGCUGUCGCUACGGGUGACGGAGGAGGACGAUCACGUGGACGACCUGGACAUACUGAUGUGACAGCAGUGAAUCAAUCAGUGCUCCCUCUAUGCCUGCUCUCUCACCACCGAGCCGCUACCAUAGACACCGCUGCACCAUUAGCUCUUAACAGGCCAACGGGGCCUUUAGGCACAGUGACGUGGCAGAGCGUGUUUGCAUCAUGUGGCCUCUGACUCUGCCUGAAAUAUUGCUGGGUUAUACUACAUGCAACAUGCUCGGGCCGCCGCCGCCAGCUACCGCUCUCGCUGCUUUGUCGUGCGCUUUAAUAAUGCUGAAACCUCGCCGAUCCUGAGAUAAUAAACUCAAUCUAGUUUUUAGUGAGAAGCUACCGUUACAUCAGGCUGGAAGUUGUUUAUUAGACAUGAAUAUACACUACUGACAAUAGUAAAUUCAGCUUGAUACGAGUGCAUAUAUGUGCUUUUGUCUGACGCUUUCAGCCACGGCUGUUAAUCACCACUACAACAGGCAGAACGACAGAUCAGACAAGAAACACACGAAAAGCAUCUGAUCCAAGAGUUAAUUAUGAUCUGUGGAGCCGUUUCUGCGUCUGGAGCUACAAGAGGUAAACUGUUGACGUCCAGUUUAGUCCUCAGUACAAGAUCUUCUUGUGGACAUCUGGCAGUGAUGAGCUGUUCAAAAAUAUGUACGGUUGAAGUUUAAUUACAGCUGAAGAAAAAUACUGUUGAUCCCAAACUGUGGUUUCACGAGGAACAUGUUUUGGCUGAGUUUAGCUGAUGUGAGCUGGUCUGUCUUUCUAUCCGCUGAGUGUUGUGGCUCCAUUUCACCAAGGCUUAGAGGGAGCACUGAAACUCUGCAUGUGGACGCCGUCGCCCCGCGCUGAACUCCUGCUCCGUUCAGCUGCUUCUGUUAUCCUUUGCAUAUAAAUACUGUUCCUCCAUGUUGUAAAUAAGUGAUAAAUAACACCAUAUUUACUGCUUUUCUUUACGUUUGUCCUGGUGAUAAUGGUUUCAUUUUAGGUUUUGUUCUUUUUGUGUGCUCAGUAAAUUACAACAGACUGAAGUAGUUGACUUUCACAGCUUAGAAGCUUUGAAUUACUACGUGUUUGCAACAUUUUUUUUUUGUCUUAUUUCCAGGCAUUUUGUGGUAUUUUGUUACAUUUUUGAACUUGGAUCUUUUGACGGGUUUAUUUUAUUUUUUUGUUCCUGCAAGCACUCCUACUUGAACGAUUUAAUUGGAAGCUUAAAAGCAUUCGUACAAAAUGUAUAGUUUUUACAAACAAAGUCUAUUUUGUCUGAUUUGGUUGUACGGCUAAAGUUGAGCAUCUUAAAACGAUGCUUCAGAGAUUAUUUUCAGUGUACUCUGUGAGGAUGAGAUGCUACAAAACAACCUGCAUGGCAGUUGAAGCUAUAUUGCUAAGUUGAAGCUUAUUUCUAUUAUAUUUUGUUGGGUUUUUGGUCUUUUGGUUGUUUUCUUUCUCUUCAUACCUUCUCAGUUUGUCGGCCGGCGCUGCAGCUUCCAGGCUGUAACCACUGUCGUCACUGGUCUAAAAACCUGCUGGUCUUUCUUUUUCUUUCUUUUUUUGUGUACCGUUAGUGUAUAAAAUUAUUAAUUACAGCAUUUAUGUUUUAAAAAAAAUGGCUUUAUGUAUUCUGUAGCAAUGAAUUAUUGAAAUUCUAUUUUGAAAAUGUCGAUAAUUUUGAAACAAAGGUUUGUGCAAAUGUAAUAACUGCUGAAAAUAAACAAGCUUCAAAGCAGUUGAGUGUAAACAGCUUUUUCAUGAGAACAUUUCAGGCAUCCUUCAGUUUAAGUGAUACCGUGCUACAGACAUUAAAACAUUUUUACCAC